UUUCCUUUACCAGAAACCCAUCGCACCGUACUAAAUCAAAUUCUACGGCAAACUAACGUGCACCUCUCAGAUGGUCCCUUUGCUGUCCUGGUUGACCACACACGGGUAUUGGACUUCGACGUUAAACGACGGUUUUUCCGACAAGAACUCGAACGCGCCGACGAGGGAAUCCGAAGGGACGAUCUGCCGGUUCAUCUCCGACGAGAUCACGUAUUCGAAGACUCUUACCGAGAAUUACAUCGUAGAAAUUCCGAAGAGUGGAAGUCUAGAUUCUACAUUGUCUUUGAGGGCGAAGAGGGACAAGAUGCUGGUGGGCUUUUACGAGAAUGGUACCUUAUCAUGUCUCGUGAAAUGUUCAACCCUAAUUACGCUCUUUUCACUACCUCUCCUGGGGACCGUGUGACGUAUCAGCCGAAUCCCAGCUCCCAUUGCAACUCGAAUCAUUUGAGUUACUUUAAGUUUGUUGGACGCGUUGUUUCGAAGGCAAUUUACGACAAUAAGCUKCUGGAAUGUUUCUUUACUCGAUCGUUUUACAAGCAUAUCCUUGGUAAACCUGUGCAUUUUACGGACCURGAGUCUUUUGAUUAUUCGUUCUACCAAGGUUUGCAGUACUUAUUGGAAAACGAUGUGCAAAUGCUUGGAAUGGACUUGACUUUUAGCACUGAUGUAAGUAUAUUCAAAAUUUUACAAUUGAUCGAUCAUAGCUUUUUAGGGUUSAUCGAUUUUUGUUUUGACCGUCUUAGAUAUAUCGCAAGUCUUGCAGUUGUGAUGGUCGUGUUG